UGGCAACACUGUGUCCACUUGUCACAAUUGACAGCGUGUCAAUUUAAUUAAAAAAAGCUCUUUGAAUCAAAAAAUACCUAUCUUCAAAAUGCCACAGGUGACUUCAGUUAUUGCCAAAUUUUUCAAUGAAUAUAAUUCAAAAACACCAAAGAAACUGAAAUGUAUUGAUGCUUAUUUGUUGUACAUUUUAUUAACCGGUAUCGUCCAAUUUGUUUAUUGCUGUCUUGUGGGUACUUUUCCCUUUAAUUCUUUUCUUAGUGGAUUUAUUUCUUGUGUUAGUAGUUUUGUCUUGGCAGUGUGUUUAAGACUGCAAGUAAAUCCAGAAAACAAGAAUCAAUUUGCCGGAAUAAGCCCAGAGAGGGGUUUUGCUGACUUUAUUUUCGCUCACGUGGUCUUACAUUUAGUCGUAAUGAAUUUCAUUGGUUAAUAAUGUAUUUUGUAAAAUGAGAUAAUUUCAAUAAAUUGCAAAAAGUUACA